GGUGUGCUCUGCAAAAUGUACCCAAGGUAGUAGGCAUGUAAGGGGGGAAAUGGUUUGUUUGCCACUAGUGCUGGGCUGUAUCAGCCGCACUUGUCACUGUAAACUCCAAUUGUGACAUAACUGUCAUCCAAAGUGGAAAACAGCCACUAGCUGAGCAUGUUUCCAUACGCCCAUCUGUCAGGUAAUACAGUACCACUGCGGUAUACAAGGUGAAUGCGUUUGUAUUGAUAUGGCGGUCCCUAGGCUAUCUUAGGCAAGGCAGGUAGCUAUCUGUGAUAGGAAUGAGAUAAAAGUCCAAGUCUUGCGUUCUCUUGAGCACCAUUUUUAAACACCUACCGCAAUAUUCGUAAUGAAUUAUACUUGAAUUUCAUCGCUAGGCAAGGCUACCUUACUUACACAUCACCAUGGGGAAUCCAGAAGAAGCGGAAUCCCAUACCUCUGAAUACACAAGCAGUGCUCCGCCGCCAUAUUCCGAAGCAGUUCAAGGGUCCCACCGUGAGGCUUCGAGAUCAACGAAUGGCGACCGCCACACGUCAACGAACGCCACCAGGAUCUCUCCAUAUCGACCAUUUCCGCCUAUUCUGAGCGCACAUUACCAGUGGAAGAUGAUAACCCCGGUAUUUCAUCUGGGAGAUCCUACAGACAAGAGACUAUUCGCGGUCAAGGUCCACACAGGCUACGGCGGGUACGGGCCUGGCAGACCAGGCGUGGUCUUGCAUAACGGGCCUACGGACAAGUAUCCGAUGCUUGCCGCCGCCGGCGACGAGCACUACGCCAACUCCUACUCGCUAAACGGAAUCAUCACGUUGCCUUCGCUGUCGGGCGGCACCACCGCCGACGGAAACUGCACGGAGAUAUUGCGCGCCGCGACAAGUCCAGACGCGGUCGUGUUCCGGUUCUCGAUCGAGGUCGGGCCAGGCCAGGACUUGUGGCGCGAGGACUUCGAGUGGCGCAAGAGCAAGGGCUGCGAGGAGGAUAAGGGCCUGGUUGGCGCGCCGUGGAAGUGCGGGUUCAAACUCUUCAGGCUCUCUCCCCGCAGCGGAAAAGAUCUGGAUCCGGAUCCGGCCAACGGAACACUCCAAAAGAGCGCGCCUAAGAACCAAGAGUUGGUUGCCGUGUUCGCCUGGAGCAGCAAUUUGAACCUGAUGGACCCGUUCAAGAUCGAGUUCAGGGGUAGCGGCCGGACGGGGGUGCUGGGGGAGAGGUUCGCGCUCAUGACGGUUAUUACGGGCUUGAGAUUAUGGGGCCUGAAGGCGCAGAGGAGGACUUCUGAGAGUAAAAUCGCAGCUGGGGAAGCCAGAUGCGUACCUGGCACUAGCAGUAGGUAGACAUAACUUAUAAGGAGUGUAAUCUAGCUUAGGUAGCGAGACUCGUUUAGAUGGAAGUUGCUUCACGAUUCCCGAUCUACAGCUGAAGAUUGACGGGAGUAUUACCAUUCUGGCGUUCUCUUUGAAUCAUUACUAUACCAUGCGACUACCUAACAAUGACCAUUUUGACC